AUGCCACGCUUCUUGAAUACAUACACGGGCGAGUUCGAAUGGCAUGAUAACCCAGCCCGCGUUCGGUACGCUAUACUCUCCCACACGUGGCGAUCUGCCGCGGAUGGAGGCGAGCAGUCUCUCGAAGACGUCAAAAAGCUGCAAUCCGCAAGUUUUGUACCGGCCCAGCGACAUGAAAUCAGCCAAGCCUGCCUGGUCGCGCGGAUGAACGGCUUCCAACUCAUUUGGAUCGACUCGUGCUGCAUCGACAAGGCGAGCAGUGCUGAGCUCUCGGAGGCCAUCAACUCCAUGUAUGAGCUAUACAGGCUCUCGGGGGCAUGCUACGUUUACCUGGCGGAUGUACCCGACGACGACCACCCACAGGCACUCGGUUCCUCAUUCCGGUUCAGCAGGUGGCGCAAGCGCGGCUGGACGCUACAGGAGCUCAUCGCACCCGAGCGCGUCAUAUUUCUGACUAGCACCUGGCGCUUUCUAGGCACGCGGUUGGGUCUUGCAACGACACUGGCAGAUAUAACCACGAUAAGUGUCGAUAUCUUGGUUGGACACGCCAGCGUGGCGUCGAUCAGCGUUGCGCAACGCAUGUCGUGGGCCUCGUUGCGGGAGACAACACGCGUAGAGGACAGAGCAUAUUCCCUACUAGGCAUCUUCGGGGUCCACCUGUCUCCAAUCUAUGGCGAGGGGGAUAACGCGUUCCGUCGCCUUCAGGAAGAGAUCAUCAAGACCAUCCCAGACCAGAGUAUCUUCGCAUGG